AUGUUAUCAGCUGAAUUAAAAAGAAGAAAGAAAUUGCUACUCCCAUUAGCAUUAAUUUCUGGUAUUAUUGGGUUAAUCUUUUUCACCAAUUACAAUUAUUCCUUUACAACAACCUCCCAUCCAGUAUUGUCGUCAUCUUCAAUUACACCUCACAAAAGUAAUAGUGCUUUCCCAAAAUUAGAUCAAUCUUCUUCAGCAAAGGCUAAACCAAACCCUGGUAAUUUAAUUGUUAAUCAUCAGAAUGAUAAAUCCAAGACUGAUACUUAUUUCACUAAAUUCACCCAUAAAGAUCCUCAAUUUGAUUAUACAAAAAUAACAUACACUUCAACCAAUAAGAACUUCAUAACCAACAAUAUCAAAGUCGACGAAGAAACUGGUGAAACCACUGAAGUUGUCAAUAAACCAACAGUAUUAAUCAUGUCUGUCAUUGGAAACAAUGAACCAUAUGGAAGUGAUAGAUAUUUUGAUCAAUUCAUGCUCACUGUAUUAUCCUUAGUUGAAAACCAACCAGAUUAUGAAUUCUCAUUAGGAUUAUUAAACAAUAAUAAUGAAGAGUUUAUUAGGAUUCAAGAUUAUUUUGAAAAAAAUCUUCAAAAAGAUUUACCAGAGACUUUAUCAUCAAUUUUCAAAUCAAUUAGUUUGAUUUCUGCCCCAUUUUUAGAUCAAAACACUGGAUUUUCACGUGAACAAAGACACGAUGAUCGUGUACAACGAUUAAGACGUCGAUUGAUUGCAAAAUCUAGGAACUUUUUAUUGUUAAACAGUUUAAAUCUUGAACAAUAUGUGUUAAGUUUAGAUGCAGACAUGGUUAGAUUCGAACAUCCUGAAAAAUUUAUUAAAACUUUUAUUGAUUCCAAAAAAGAUAUCGUAGUUCCAAGAAUUGAACGUCCUGGUUUAAAAGAUUAUGAUAAGAAUUCUUGGCGUGGUCAAAGAACAAAACCAACAAAAGAACAAUUGGAUAAAAUGGAUAAUAAUCAAUGGGAUCAAUGGAAUUAUGUACCUCAUGAUGUUAAAGAUCACAUAUAUCAUUUCCAAACAUAUUUGGAUAACAAAGAUAAUGAAUAUGACCUACAUAAAGAUGAAUACGAUUAUAUUGUCCCCUUGGAUUCAGUUGGUGGUGCAGUCUUGUUUGCUAAAUCAAUUGUUUUCAAACAAGGUGUUGUUUUUCCUACUAGUUUGAUUGUUGGAACAACUUGGGAUAGACAAGAAGGUUAUGAUGGUAUAGAAACAGAAGGAGUUUGUUAUUUAGCUAAACCUUUGGGAUUUUCUUGUUGGGGUAUGCCUAAUGUUGUUGCUCAUCACUCUGGAGGUUAA